CAAAACCUACAUGAAAAAGAGAGAUUUGAAGUGAGACGCACAGCUGACAGAGAUAGACAAGCCAGAGGAGGGAGAGAUAGCAGGGGAGGAAUGGAGCAAAGGAGGCAGCUUUAACAAACUGUUGCUGAGGUCUUUUUAAGCACUGAGUGGACUGUAACCAGCCUGGUGAGCUGGGGGGUUUAAGGUUUUUCUGUUAGCUGAGGGUAAGACGGUCAUGUAAAAAAAAAAAAAAAAAGACAGAAAGAAAGAAAGAAAAAACAGAAAAAGCAAAAAGAAGAGUGAAACUUUACUAUUUUAAAACUGUCAACCAAUGUCACAUCAAAGUGCUUGAUGGCUGUUACACAGGCUGUGCUCCCUUCCUUCAGCUCCUUCUCCAGCCACGCUCACUCCAGUGACGAUAUGAAAGUGUGGAAGUCUGAGGGUGGCUCUCUCCCCCUUGACUCUCUCAGUAACAAACUGUCACCGAGCAACUCUGAGCAGCUGCAGGUCUCUCAACAGAUGACAGAGGAUCUCCUAGAUGAUGACAGCCGGGCAUCUUGGGACAUUGAGUUCUUGCUGUCUGACUGGAGCAACCCUUCACCUGACCUUAACCCCUCUCUGGAAAACACUGAUCAACGGCUCCCACAGUUCGACCCAAACGCAGCAUACCAAGAAGCGGGAAUAUUUAAGGACCAACCACAGCAGGAGUGUCUGCAGGUGAAUAAUGGCGGCCUCAUGGCGGAGCUUCUGUCCCCUGCUGAAACCACAGCAGUCCAGCCAGAGCUGUACCAGCGAGGUUAUAAUGAUGACCAAACAGGUCGGACUUCAGUUCCCAGUAUACCUAUUGUAGACCAGUUUGGCUUCCCCCAGGGAAGCAGAGGAAACCACAGUAAGAUCACAUCAUGGGACUUUAACCCCUACUAUGCCCAGCAGCACCCCUCAGUGGUGAAUUUCCCCGACAACAGGUUCAUCCCACCUCAAGCUGUGACCCCUGACCUUCGACACUACAGCUACAUGCCCAACUUCAAUCUCAAUGCCAAUCUUUUCUGUGACUACACCCACAGCCAGGCGACAGGUCAUCUUCCCCAUCACCAGCAGCCCUUGCUGGUCGGACCCCAGCUGCCCCCUACUGGGGUGGAGGGGAAGCGUGGUCGAAGGGCCACGGGGAAAAAGAGGCCCGCCAUCCACAGCUGUGAAUACCCUGGCUGCAGCAAGACCUACACUAAGAGCUCACACCUCAAGGCUCACCUCCGCACCCACACAGGUGAAAAGCCUUACCACUGUUCCUGGGAGGGCUGCAGCUGGAAAUUCGCCCGCUCAGAUGAGCUGACACGUCACUACCGCAAGCACACCGGCCAGAAACCCUACGAGUGUAUGCUGUGUCAGAGGGCCUUCUCCCGCUCUGACCACCUGGCUCUGCACAUGAAGAGACACACCUGAAGCUCACACACACACAUACAUACACAGACACACAGACACAGACACACACACACACACACACACACACCCCACUGGCAUUUAAACAAUGAAAUUUAACAGCAGGCAACUUACACUGACUUGGGUACUCUUUGAAUUUGAACCCUAAGCAGUACACUGAGUGUUAACUUGAACACUGUGCUUGAUUAUCUGGCUAGUAAAUAAAACAGGCUGACAGAUUAAGCAGUGAAAACUGACAACACAACCAGUGGUAGGUUGACAUCACAAAUCACCGGGCACAAGAGGAAGUUUGAUGUUGCUGAUAAUUGUGAGUCCGUUUUUGGUUUAUUUCAAAACAGAUGUGACACAUCUAAUUCAAAAGCCUUCAAUGCAUGGAAUUCUCUUUUUAACAAGAAAUAAUUGAUAUCCACUACUUAAAAAAUCAACACCAGAGAGAACAAUUUAAGAGUACUCCACCAAAUUAGCCUUGUACUUAGUCAGACUCAUUAAGCAUCAUUUUAAAAAAGUAUCAAAACUGAUGCAGCUGAAAGAGAGAUAUCGUGGCAUUGCACUUACAUCACCCACAGUGCUACUCGGUCACCAACAGUUUGGUCAGUGAUUCAGGUGUGUUAUGCUAGCAGCAGCUAAUGUAGCCUUGACACUCUAGCCUCAAGCAGAGAGGUUUAUGCAACUUUUUCACAUAUGUAGUUGUACUCUGUGAGGCCUGUAACAGGCUCUAAUGUGUACAAUCGUCACACUUCUUUAAUGCCACAGUUUAGGUUUGUUUUUAAUAAAUUCUAGUUUAGAUUACAUGAAGUCAAAUUAGUUACUUGGACAUCAGUAAGACACAUUGUUAGAGACUAAGACCUUGAGGACCUACUGGUGUAAAGAUUUCCCUGUCCUUAAACCCUAACCAUCACCGCUUCAUGUCAACCCUCACAACCAAAGUUACAGUUAAAUCUAGUUGUAAUCCUAACACCAAGACUUAGUCCUCACUCGGCUGGCCAAAAAUUGUCUGAAGUCCAGUCCAAGAAAACACACCCAUAAUGUAAAGUUUGCAUGCUUUUAGCAAUAAGGGCCACCUAGACAAACACUGUACAUACUACAGGCAUGAAGACAGUGGACUUAAACACUAACAGAAGACCUACCAUGAAAUAUGUAUAACAUAGGUUAUAACAAUGCAUCUAGUAGGAAGACAUGACUCACUUAACAAAGUCAUGGUUGCUUGGCUGCAUUACCGCUGGGAUGAUCUGAUAUCUUUGUCUGAUUUCCCUUUCAAGUAAGAACUUCACUACCAUUACUAUGGUAAUAAUGAUUGUAACUUUAAGGAUAUGAUUGUAAAUGUACGUUGUGUAUUUUUGUCAUCUGACUUUAUGUUUGUCUGUUUGGAGAAUUUUAAUUUAAGAAAAACAUGUACGCGAAGAACUCAAAUCUGUAAAUAAUCUGCAUCUUUCUCAGUUGUUUGUAAUCAUCUACAAAUAAGCAACGUAUUUAUUGAUAUGAUCUUUUAUAUCAACAGAAGAUACUAUAUUAUUGUAUGAUGUUUUUCUAUUCUCACAGGAGUGCUUUAAAGUCUUUUAAUUGUUGCUAUCAAUUUCAUAAUUCCAGUAAAGACCUCAUAUGCUGUAAAACUGUC